AUGUCAUCAUCGUCAAAAAUCAGUUCAUCUGAAGAAGAAGAGCAACGGGGGAGCAAGAAGAGCAGAUAUUCAUCGAGACGGAAGCUUGAGGAGAAGCCUAAAAAGUUGGAAAAGGAGGUUAGGAAAUCAAAGAGCACGUGGCGCUCACAUAAGAGAAGGAUAUCGAGUUCACCUUCGACAUCUGAUUCUCACAUCGAACACCCAGGUAAAAUUCGUGAUCGGAAUAGACGUGGUCGUAGUCGACAAAGAUUUUCUGUAUCGAAACAUGCUGGAAGGCGAAGCCUAGAGCGUUCUCCGCGAGAAACGUCUGGCUCAAGCCGCGAAGCAAUGGAAAGCGCAGAGCGUCACCCGAGAGUGAAUAGUGUCACUGGGUACGAGAUACCUUUUCAUAACUUACCUUAUCAGUUCUCAGAACCACCCGAACCUCUAUUAACACCCGAAGAUGAGUCAAGAAUGCUAAAAGCAAUUCUUAACCUCAAAAACAUUGGUGCCGUUGUAUGUUGCCCCUCUUGCGAAAGACAAUUUCUGUCGUCUUAUUUUUUAAGGCCAAAGAUUGAGGAUAUGAAAACAGCAAUUUGUCCUCUCAAUAGGAAUUAUUUCAUGGGUGUCAUUGACCUUAAAGACGCCUAUCUAAUGGUUCCCGCCGCCCAAAAACAUAGGAAAUUCCUCCGUUUUUUCUUUAAUAAUGAAUUUUACGAGUUUCAGUGUUUACCAUUUGGCCUAAGCACAGCGCCAUUCGUUUUCACCAAGCUGCUUAAACCUGUCGCUCAAAAAGUUCGAAGUUCAGGUAUUUUAAUGGUCAUAUACUUGGAUGAUAUUUUGAUCUUAGCCAAAUCAGAGGACGAAUGCCGAACAAACAUUCUAAAAACACGGUCGUUAUUAGAAUCUCUCGGUUUCCUGGUGAGUAACGAAAAAAGCCAACUCGAACCUUCACAGCGAUGUGUAUUCUUGGGAUUCAUCCUGGACAGCAAGGCAUUUCGAAUAGAGUUGACUGAGACGAAACGAAAUUCCAUUUACCAACGCGUGCUAAGGUUCCUUCGAGACAAAAAAUGCAGCAUCCAAGAGCUAGCCCAAUUUAUUGGUACGCUAGUUUCUGCUUGUCCGACGAUCAGAUAUGGAUGGUUAUAUACCAAAAGAUUGGAAAGAGAAAAAUUUUUAGGUCUACGAAGAUUCAACAAUAAUUAUAAAGCAAAAAUCACGCUGUCAAGUUUGGUUCAGCCAGAUUUGGAAUGGUGGGAAAAAAAGAUCCAAACUUCAUCCAAUGCGAUCAGGGAACAUAAAUACAAAAGAGAAGUAUUCACAGACGCAUCCCUGACAGGCUGGGGAGCUGGCGAGAAAGCGAAUGGUCUGUGGAAUCAAGAAGAACGCAGUCUUCACAUAAACGAGCUGGAACUCAUAGCUGCGUUUUUGGGUCUCAAACGUUUUAUUAAAAACGACAGGAAUUGUGAAAUUCUACUUCGAAUGGACAACACAACGUCUAUAGCUUAUAUUAAUAGGAUGGGGGGAAUCCAACACCCACAUUUGACACAAGUCGCGCGCCAGAUAUGGCACUGGUGUGAGGAGCGCGACUUGUGGUUUCUUGCGUCUUAUCUACCUUCGAGGGACAACAAAGAAGCAGACGAGGGAUCACGGCUCUUACCGAAAGAAACUGAGUGGGAAUUGGUUUCCUGGGCCUUCAAAAAAAUCAAUAAAACACUUGGACCAUUCGAAGUAGACUUUUUUGCAUCUAGAGAAAUCGCACCCGCUGAGUCACAGUCUUUCCCUGGUGGCAGCUCGGUUAUAAGGGAGGCAUUCAAAUCGAGAGGAGCAACCGAGGAAGCCGCGGAUAUAAUGUUCCAGUCCAUUGCGGCGGGUACUCUGCGUCAAUAUAAUAAGCCCAUCAAAUUAUGGUGGAAACAUUGUUCGAGAAUAGGCGUAAAUCCUUAUAAAAGUUCGAUUCCGGAUGCACUUAACUUCUUCGCCAAAACCCUGGAAGGCAUCAAAUCAUAUAGUGUCAUUAAUACGUAUAGAGCGGCAGUCUCUCUAAUCACAGGCGGAGAUGUUGGAAGCGACAAUAGUAUCUCGCGGUUUUUCAAAGGAGCUGCAGUGCUGCGACCUAGAAAAUACAAAUACGACGUCACAUGGGAUCCGAAACCUGUUUUGGAUCAACUAGCCUCCUGGUAUCCACACGAAGGCCUAUCACUCGAGAUAUUAACAAAAAAGUUGGUGACACUGUUGGCCCUGAUCACAGCGCAGAGGGUCCAAACAUUAACAGCGAUAAGAAUCGAAAACAUAAACGUAGAAUCAGAACUGAUUUGUAUAAAAAUAACACAUCCAAUAAAAACGUCAACUCGAAGUAAGUUUCACCCGAUGUUGGAAAUUCCACGCUUCUCAGAGAAACCCGAACUUUGCGCGGCAUCAUCAUUAUGUGCAUAUAUUGAGAAAACGACUGCGUUACGAGAAGACGAAAAUAAAGGAGAAUUGUUUUUAACAUUGUAA